GUGCAGCACGCGUGAGUUAUCAGCGCCUCGUCGCACUCUCUUGGUGUCGGCGGACCGUCUCUUCUGAAAGAAGUUUGGAAGUCGGGACAGGUGAGAGUCCAUCUUUUCCUGCAGGAGCCUAAAGAUGUCUGGGGUGCUGGUUGUUCAUGGUGGGGCCUGGGCCAUACCAGAUGAGCUGGCCCCGGCCUCUGUUGAUGGGGUGAAAGCCGCUGCCCGCCACGGGUCUUCGGUGCUCAAAAGUGGGGGAAGUGCGCUGGAUGCUGUUGAGGCUGCUGUGAGGGUUUUAGAAGACAACCCAGUGUUUAAUGCAGGGCAUGGAGCAACACUAAACAUUGAUGGAGAAGUAGAGAUGGAUGCCAUUAUUGUGGAUGGAAGGACACUUGCCAGUGGUGCAGUGUCCUGUGUAAAAAACAUCGCUAACCCUGUGUCCCUGGCAAGGGCAGUCAUGGAGAAGACUUGCCACGUAAUGCUGACAGGCAAAGGUGCGAACCAGUUUGCAGAGAGCAUUGGCGUCAGCACUGUUCCCACUGAUAAACUGGUGACUGAAUAUGAGAAGAAAGAAUGGGAAAAACACAAGAAAUAUAUUGCUGGAGUAAUGGAAGAGUUCAAUACGAAGUGGGCCCAUGAUACUGUUGGGGCAGUAGCUGUGGACCAUGCAGGGAAUGUUGCAUGUGCAACAUCUACUGGAGGCAUUAGGAAUAAAAUGGUUGGCAGAGUUGGGGAUUCUCCUGUCAUUGGCUGUGGAGGAUAUGCAGACAACUUAAGUGGUGCUGUGUCAUGUACUGGACAUGGAGAAUCUAUUCUUAAAGUGACGCUGGCUAGACACAUUCUGUCACAUGUUGAGCAAGGAAAGUCAGUAGCAGAUGCCUCACAGUUGUCCCUCCAGCACAUGGGUGAGCGUGUCCAAGGAGCAGGUGGUGCAAUUGUAGUUUCUCCAACAGGGCAGUGGGCUGCCACAUUCACCACCGAGCGGAUGGCUUGGGCUGCUGCUGAAAACGACGCGCUGUGGUUUGGAAUAAAUCCAAAGGAGAGUCUGAAAGAGAAAUUGACCCAGUAGAAAAUGUUUUAUAUUGAUUAGUAAACGACAUGCAUUUCAAAAAUAGUUUGUUGUGUUUUAGAAAAGUGUUUUCAUUUCAGUUGGUGCAAAUCAGUGAAUGUUUGUUCAUCUUUAUUGGACUAUAGUUAAAUAAGUUGCUUCUUUUCAACUAAUGACAAAUAUCCAAGGACUGUGUAAAAUAAAAAGAUACUAUA